CUUGACUAUGAGCCUUAAUCACGAAUCCGCCAGUCCUAAAAGUCCACCGAUAAAACGCAGAAGGAAUAAGGUUAGAAAAAAGCCACCCCACGAAACCUGCGAGCCCGUGGUGACUGGGAUUGCCUGCGUUUCACGAGAUCGACGUUGUGCCUGCUGUGGAGGGCUGCUGUGUUCACCGGAGCCCUGCCAUAAUCUGAAACUCCCUGAUUUCGAGGACAAAGAUUUCCUUCCAUCAGAAGUUGAGUCCUUGUUAUCCUGCAGGGGAACGGAGGAAGUUAACGCCUCAGAACAUCAGCUGUGUGAAAACUCUUCGCCAACAUUAUGCGAUAAUGGGGUGCAGGACGAGUGCAGAGGGUACAGCGAGCGAGAAAUUAGUCGCUUCGUCGAGAUCAUUGAACGGAAGCUAAAGGCGUCUCUGCGGAAAAGAGCCGGGUCGUCGGUUUGCGGUGAGGAUCCUGCGGCCCGUGAAUCCUAUGAGAACCAAAGUGUUUGCGAGUCUCGCAAGCCGGUCGUAUUGCGUUACCGGAAGCGAGGAGGACAUCAAGUUCGAUUUCAAGAUCGGAAAUAUCGGGAAAUCGGACGAGUUGAGCAAGUGGGGAAAGCUCGACGUCGCCGACCGGCUCGUGGCCAAGACGAAGAUCGGCUCGAGAGGGAUCAAGGACAACUUCGAGGACCUCGAGAGACAGUUGUUCAGAUGGUAAUUCCUACCAACGAGACGCCGAUGUCUGCAUUAAUUCUGUACAAACUUGUAGGUCAAGUCGGCUGUCUAAUAGAUGGCGAUGUGUCACCGGUAACCGAAUCAACCCGGUGA